AUGUUCCCAAUGGCUAAUCCUCCAAACCCGGGCCUUGGAAAUGCCGCGUCGAACGAAUGGGAAAGAGACGCACCAAAUAGCUCGACCCCCAGCUUGACUCCCCAUCAAUCGCUAUCAGAUGAAGAUACAGGAAUAUCAUAUUUGCCAACAACAGGAUUCAUUUGGCCUAAUAUGGCCGGGUCGGAUCCGACGGUGGCCAACGGUGGAAACAUCGGUUCUCUUCCAGAGCCGAUCCAUGAAGAGCAUGACCAUUCGAAUUAUAAUGAGAUGAGACACAUGAACGAUGAGAACGGAGUUGGACAGGAAGAAACCGAAAUGCGAGACGAUUCGGAAGGCGAUCAACACGAACCUUGUAUUGUGGUCGCAUGUCGGACGCUUUCCUCACUAUAUCAAUUCGUUCAAUCCGACUGUAUGAAUGGACAUGCAAGCAACGAUGCUCAAUCUCGCAAGAUAUUAAAACCACCUACCCCGGAGGAACCUUCUACAAACGAUACUGUGUUUUGGAUGACUCGAUCUGCCACGGAAACGAUUUCUCGACUAUUAAAUUGCGCUGGAAGAUCAUGCGCACAUGACCCUCCCACGUUCUUGGUUUUCGGCUCUGUUCUUUUGAAAAUUCUGAGCUGGUAUGAAGCCAUGUACCAAUCUGAAAUUGGUGGGCUUGUUCUUUCAACCACUCCACUGGCGAAUGGUCUCGAAGGCGUGGGCUCGCGACCACAUCAUUCGAACGACAGCCAGUUUGGCGAUAAGAACUCUACUGGCCUGUCUCAACCGUCUGAAAAUAUGAAAGAAUCGACAUAUGCUGUCCCAUUGACUAUUCCAUUGGCUGUCGAUGCUUUCAAUAUGUCCCGUGCAACAGAGACAAAGAUGAAAGCCCAACUACUGCUUUGUGAGGUGCAGGCUUUAUCUCAUGUGUGCCACACUCUCAAUCGUCGAGUACAGGCUGUUGUGGGUAUACAGGGAGAAAAUAAUAUGUAUGGACAAGCGAAUGUCGAUCUAUUACGGAAGUUGGGUGAGCUGCAGCACGCAUUGACUGUGGUGUGUACACAGGUGCCGUCACUGGGAUAG